AUGUCUUUCAAGAAGUUCUUACGCAAGUUAGGAUGGUCCAUUGAAUCGGCGAGCGGGAGGGUUGAACCCAGCGCCCAAAUUGAGUCGCCUGUGACGAUAUCUCUUGCUUACGAGCCGCCACAGUCGCGUCUGCAAGAGGCCGAAACACAGGAGACAAUGCCUACCCGCAGAGGCAGAGAACCGCCCAUACAGGAGCUCUGGAACUUAGCGUACGAGAAGUUGCGAAAUGAAGAUGAAGAGCUCGUCCAGGAUUUCGAAAACAGCAUGACGGGCGACUUGAAUGCUGCCCUCGGUAUGACUGUGGGCUCCCAAAUUGAUAGGAAAGACUGGAUGGGCACGGUCUUGAAGUGCAAGAUGGAGCAAGUGAACCGGGAUUCAUGGAAACUGAAGUUCGGAAGCGCAGAGCUACCAGUACAGGAAGUGGUGAAACCGAUCCUAGGAGUUGUGGGCUGGGCCAACGACUUCAUUUCCAAGGCUGUGAGCGCAAAUCCUACUGCCUCAAUCGCGUGGGGCGGCCUCUUCUUGAAUCCUUCUGAACAGGCCGCUUCUCUGGCAAAAGGACUAGAGUACAUUUCAUCCUUGAUUGUCCAGAGUUACCUGUGGGAGAACCUUUAUGAGCGUCACUACAAGUCUGGGGCGGGCAAGUCGUCUGAGAUUUCAAGUACCAUAUACAGAAACGCAUUGGAAAUGCUAUAUCAGCAUGUCCUCAGGUUCCAGAUCACGAGUUAUCGCUAUUACUCCCGCCACUACGCCUACCGUCUAGGGCUAGACUCGGUCAAGUGGAACGAGUGGGAUAGUCUUUUUGAAAAAGUCAAAGAGCAGGAGAGAGUCUUUGCCGAUGUUCUCAAGGCUUGUCGAGACGAUAGAUACCUCGAGGAAUGUUUGGCAGCAGAGCAGAGACACAAGCAGGUCAUGGACUGUUGGCAGAGUAUCGGCACCGAUGUCUCGGGACUUUUGAAAGCAGUUCAUGACGCUCGAAAGGAGGAUAAACGCAAGAAUGUGCUUGACUGGCUGUGGGCAGCCAAUAUUUCGGUGCAGUAUACCGCUGCUCGCAGCAAACACAGUGAGGGAACCUGUGAAUGGCUGGUUCGGAGAAGCAAAGAUUUCAGGAUGUGGGAAAAAGAACCCAAAUCCUUUUUGUGGCUGAAUGGAAAAGCUGGCUCUGGCAAGUCAAUUCUGAGCUCGUCCGUCAUCAAGCACUUGAAGGACGAGUACGAAGACGACCCACAGACCGCGCUUGCCUAUCACUUCUUCAGUUUUGGGACUCUAGACCAACAAAAGGUGACCGCCAUGCUCUCAUCGCUUGUUAGGCAGCUGUGCGCGAGUCGUCCGGAUACCCCACGGCCGAUCAAACGCUUCGAGAAUUAUAUGGCCAGAGGCGAGCGGCCAGACGUAACGACCCUCGAAAAUGCUCUCAUAGCUGCUGUUCAUGGAUUUUCCGCAGUAUUCAUUGUUGUGGACGCUCUCGAUGAGUGCCCGACUCUUCAAGGCGAGCGACCGAAGCUUCUGGCUUGCCUCAGGCGCAUCAUUGCGACGAUGCCGGAUAAUCUUCAUAUAUUUUGCACAAGCAGAGCUGAGAGAGACAUCUAUGCAACGAUAGACAAGGUCCUGUCUCUUCCAGCAAAAGUCGCCAUCGACCUGACACAAAAUCGGGUGGGCUUGAAUCAUGACCUACGUCAGUACACUGAGUCUGUUCUAGCUACUGAAACCUAUGACUCGUGGCCUGAAGAAUUGAAGAUUGACGCAAAAGAGUUGCUAUUGGAACAAGCAGAUGGAAUGUUCCAAUACCUCGUUUGCCAAUUCGAAGUUCUCCAACAAUGCGUCCACUCUGAAGAGGAGAUCCGUUCAGCCCUGAAUAAUCUUCCUAAAGGACUUGAUGAGACAUACGAAAGGCUACUACUAGGCGUUGGCCAUGGUGUCCAGCCCCAGGUCCUGGGCUCGCUCAAAUGGCUGGCGCUCGCGAAUAGGGAUCUCACCCUCGAUGAACUGGCCGAAAUAUUUGUCUUCCACCCUAAGUGCGCCGCCGAGUUUACCAACUAUCAGCGGCUUUUCAAGCCGGAAGACGUUUUGCAAUACUUCCAAAGCCUUGAAGAUCUGGACUCGGCCCUCCUUGAGGCCGCGCGGGAAGGAAAUGCCGAUGUCGUCGAGUUUCUUCUGAACGAGGGCGCCGACGCCAACGCACAAAUCGAACCACCAAUCUUAGACCCAUCAGGCGAGGCGCAAUUCAUAAACAAUCUUACUUGUGACCUGCAGAUGGACUCUUACACAGUAGGUGGCGCGCUACACGCGGCGGCGUUUAACGGCGACCUGAAGAUCCUACAACUGCUUCUGGACAGCGGCGCGGAUGUCAACACACGAUAUAACACCAUAGGAUCAGUUUUGGAGGCCGCCGCGUCCCAAGAUAGUUCAGCGGUCUUGAAAUUCCUGUUGAGUCGCCGGGUUGACAAGUGUAUCAUCCACGGAACCGCAUUGAUCCACGCCGCUUAUAAUUUUCGUUCUUUCAAAUCGCCGGAAAUUUUCGACUUCUUACUGCAAAAUGGUGCUGAUGUCAACUUGGGAAGCGAGUCUUUUGGCUACCCCCUUCAGGCGGCAUGCCUAGUCAAGCCUAGAGCAAGCAGGAAGAUGAAAGAAAUUAAGGCUGCGGUUAUGAGACUGCUAGACAUGGGCGCCGACGUCAAUGCUCAGGGUGGGAAGUACGGAAAUGCCCUACAGGCUGCGUGCCAUGCUGAGAACAGUGAUAUGAUUCGUCUCUUGCUUGACAGAGGUGCCGAGAUAAACAGGCAAGGGGGCUUCUUUGGAACAGCAUUUCAAGCAGCCUGUGCAACUAAUGCCUCCGCCAUUGUGAAUGUACUGCUGGAUAACGGCGCCGAUGUUGAUUUUCAAGGAGGAGAGUAUGGUAAUGCUUUACAGGCUGCAUGCUACGGCAACGGAGACACGCCAGAUGACGUCCAAAGACAGACACAGCGAUUAGAGAUUGUACGCAAGCUACUUGAAAAGGGCGUCGACGUGAACGCCACUGGUGGUAAAUUUCAGACCGCGCUGCAAGGCGCUGCCGCGUCGAAGUACGAUGAUGGAAACCUUGAAGAGUUCCUGCUAAGCAAGGGCGCCGAUGUGAACGAGCAGGGAGGGGAAUAUGGCACAGCUCUUCAAAGCGCCUGUGUUACUAAUAGCAUCAGAAAGGUACGCGUGCUUCUCGACCAUGGAGCCGCGGUGAACAUCGAAGGGGGCAAAUAUGGAACCGCGCUCCAGGCGGCCUGCGCAAGGAACAACUCCAGGUAUCGCUCCUCAGAACCCGAGACGGAUAAUGAUAGCAUCCCGGGCCUCCUGAUUGGGCACGGCGCCGAUGUCCAUGCUCAAGGCGGUGCUUUCGGGAGCGCAUGGCACGCUGCGGCUUCACGGAACGGGCCGAAUAACGAAACAUUGAAAUUGCUGCUGGAUAACGGCAUCGAUGUGAACGACAACAGAGGCCUGCAAUGUGGCACUGCUCUGCAAGCAGCUUUCCAGCUAGACGCAAGUCCCUCUGCCAUAAUUUCCAGAGUCAACUUUCUCCUAGAGCAUGGUGCCGAUGUCAAUCAGGGAGCGGGAUCACAUGGAUUCCCGCUGCAAUCGGCAUGUAUGUCGCCCGGUGGCGAUGAUGGCCUCGUUCGUCUCCUCGAAACCUGUACCGAUAUCGAUGUCAACAUGACCGGGGGCCUGCUUGGCACUGCUCUACAAGCGGCAGUACAUGAAGGCAAGACACAUGCCGUGCGGCUGUUGCUCAACAAGGGCGCCGACUGCAACAUUCGUGGCGGCAAAUGUGGAAGUGCGCUUAACGCAGCCAUCGUCAGAGGAUACUGGGAUCUUGUCGAUAUACUUAUGGAUGCCGGGGCCGAGCCGGACUGCCAUCAGCUUCUCAAACCUGAUGAAGAAUGGAUCAAGCGGGUACGAGAAGAAUACGGAAGCGGUGCUGUGGAACGUUACAAAACGUUCUGGGAGGAGAAGAUGAAGUUGAAAGAGCGCAAGGCAUGA